UUGUGGCUGGAGCCGCUGUUGCCGCUUGCUAUUGAAGCAGCACCGUAUACAUACAAGGAGGGGGGUAGGGGUUGGUGGUGGUAGUGGUGGUUGUUGUAACGCCGCAAAACAACAGUGUCGUGACGGCCAUUUGCCUUCCAGGAAAAAUCGCAACGACGAAGAGGCGGGCUGUCAUAAGUGUCCGUGUGCGCCCGUGUGUGUUUGUGUGUGAACACAUUUCACGCAGAGAAGAGAGAAUGGGUCGUCGUCUUAAAAUGAAAGUUUAAGGGGAGGGGGAGGCCGCUGAGAGAGGAACCGAGACCCCGUGACACGGGAGCCGACUGGGGUUUGGCGUGAGAACGUUUCUCCCCUCUGGGGUUAGGGUUUGGGGUGGAUGGGUGGGUGGACUUGCGAGAGAGACACAACAACAACAACAUCAACAACAACAACAUCAUCAUCAGCAGCGGCGGCGGCGGCUUGGGUUGUCAGUGGCGCGAGAAGAAAAGUUUGGAAAAGCCAACAGGGUCAUGUCGGAGCUGCCCUGCACGUCGGUGCAGAACACGGUGGUGAGCACGUCGGCCUUCCUCACCGAGGAGGAGGAGGAGGAUGACAACGCGCCACGCAUCUGCGGGGUGUGCGGCGACCGGGCCACGGGCUACCAUUUCAACGCCAUGACCUGCGAGGGAUGCAAGGGCUUCUUUCGGAGGAGCAUGAAGCGCUCGGCCUCCUUCACCUGCCCCUUUGACGGGAGGUGCAGCAUCACCAAGGACAACCGCCGCCACUGCCAAUCGUGCCGGCUCAAACGCUGCAAGGACAUCGGCAUGAUGAAGGAGUUGAUAAUGACGGAGGAAGAGCUCCAGAGGAAAAAGGAGAUGAUCAUGAAGAGAAAGAUGGAGGACUCCUGCAAGGAGAAGUGCCGGCCACAGAUGUCGGAGGAGCAGGAGCAAAUGAUAGCCACCCUCAUUGAGGCUCACCACAAGACCUACGACUCCUCCUACUCGGACUUCGGGCAGUUCCGGCCCCCUGUGCGCAAGGAUGAGUUCGACUCGAGUGACGACUGUUCCAUGCCGGAGGCUCCCACGGACUGCUCCUUCGGCUCCUCCACGCCAGGGGAGUCGAGCAUGGACUCGGGGAACCUCGGAUUGCUGGCCAGCUUCGAAAACUUUGGCCAGGGUGCCAGCAACAUGACGUCGCCCUUCUCCAUGCUGCCCCAUCUGUCCGACCUGGUCAGCUACAGCAUCCAGAAGGUCAUCGGCUUUGCCAAGAGCAUUCCCGGAUUCAGAGAACUGAACACGGAGGACCAGAUCGUGUUGCUCAAGUCCAGCGUCAUCGAGAUCGUCAUGCUGCGGUCCAACGAGUCCUUCUCCUCGGAGGACAACUCCUGGGUGUGCGGCAGCGAAGAGUUCAAGUACAGCAUCAACGACGUCACCCAGGCUGGACACAACAUGGAGCUGCUGGAGCCUCUCGUCAAGUUCCAGAUUGGACUCAAGAAGCUGAAUCUGCACGAGGCAGAACACGUGCUGCUCAUGGCCAUCUGCAUCUUCUCUCCUGACCGGCCAAGCCUGCUGGAGCGCGAGCGCGUGGAGGCGAUCCAGGAGCGGCUGUCUGAGACGCUGCGGGCGUACAUCGUGUGCAAUCACCCCCCGCCCAGCAGCCACCUGCUCUACCCCAAGAUGGUGCAGAAGCUGGCCGACCUGCGCAGCCUCAACGAGGAGCACUCGAAGCAGUACUUGGAGAUCUCGCGCGAGGCCGGCGACGCGAACGACCUCACGCCGCUGCUCCUCGAGGUGUUCGGCUCUCCGCUCUCCUAACGGCGGCCCUGCCGCACGAGCCUCGGUCGUUUCUGUUUGCAUCUGGAAUUUUUUUUUUUAAUCCUCUAUUUCACGGAACUUUUGUUGUGGUUGUUUUUGUUGUUGUUUUUUGUUAUUGAGUCGACGUUGAGAUGCAACCGGCGUGUGCUGGUGCAUUGCAGAUCCUUGAUUUACCUGUGUUUUAUCAAGGUCGCCAACUUAACGAGUUUUUGUCCCAUCCUGGUGCUGGUUAGAAGUUUUGCAUCGUUGGUCUUUGUUUGUCGUUGGGUCUGGUCGCCGACGUUGGGACAUCUGGGACGCGCGGAAAGAGGAUGUCCUUUUGUUGAGGUCUUCGGCCAGGGCGAUUCCUCCCUUUGGGGAGAUGACCCCGGCGAAAAGGGUUCGGGCAUGAGGUCUCACCCGGUUUGGUUUCAAGGUCACGCUGACGUGGCUUCUUCUCCGUCUGGCCCCCUGAACUUCGCGUAAGCGAUCAGGUGCUGGUUCCAGCUGACACGCGUUCUCAUGGUUGUCUCUGUCUUCAUGUCAUUUAUUUUUUUCCCUUCCUCUCCACAUUUUACACAUUACCUCAAAUACGUACGUAUCUCUCCACAGUGGCUGCUCAAAAAACCGUCCCGCUUUUACGCAAAACCAGUGCCAUAUCAAUCCUCAACGACGUGCCGUUUUUGGUUGAAAUGUUCACUCUUGUCGAGUUUUUGGAUCGUUAAAUAUUGUAAUUAUGAUGAUGACGACGACGAUGAUGAUGAUGAUUGUAAGAAUGAUAGCGAUGGUAAACUGUUGGGUGUGGACUGUGCAUUGUGAGUGAUAUUCUAAGCAGAUUGCAUGACUUGUUAAGUCAGUAGGGUUUUUUAUCGACGCUGCAACAGAAAAAUGCGUCUUAACAAAAAUAUAAUUUAUUUUUACAGAUAUUCUUAGAGCUGCUAUGUCUGUAAAAAAAAUAACAUUGCGAUCCGUUUCACACGCAUACUUGUGCUGUUUACGAUUUGCAUUGUUAACUUUUACAAAUAUAUCUCGAAACAAAACUAGAUGGACCGGAAUUCGGAUCGACAGCGCAACGGGACCGCCGGAAUGCGACGAAAGUCGGAGGGAGAGAGAGACACCGCUCGCUGUCGACCGUCUGCAAGAGAGGACGGCUCUAGACAAGACGAGAUCUCUCUCAAAAAAAAAUCCUAGGAAAUAUGCAAACAUUACCGUAGCGAGUAUGGACGAUGUUCGCACCUCCAUGGAUGUGGCACUACCAACUUGAGUGUAGUGGACUCGGGUGCAACUGGUUCUCGUGACCCCAGGCCUGUGCUUGGUUGUCGGUGCGGUUUGGUGCGUGGCAAAUAUACGUUGUGAGCUUGCAUGGCACCUUGGUGUCUCUCUCUCUCUCAAUAGAGAGACACGACCUCUUGAUUAAAUAAUUCACAAAAUGAUUGUUUAAACUACCUCUGUGUGAGGUUUCUUUUUUUGUUUUUACUAGAGCACAUUCAGGAGAUGAUAGGAAAAAUGCUUAUUUUCCACACCAGCAGGCAUAGCAGCUGCAACUCUAUCGCUUGUUUCAUGAAUGAGAAAAUUUUAGUGAAUAAUGUUGUGGCUGUCAAAAACACACACACGAAUAAAGUGUCAUUAUUGCAUGUUAACUUUACCAAUUUUUUUAACCGUUUUUUUUUCCACAUUCCAAAUUAAUCUGUGACAACCAACAACAAGUUUUGGUGAAACAAUGUUGGUGUUUUUUGACAUUUACGUGUCAUGUAUCCACGCUUAUGACAAUUAAGUUUCCCAGGCAUUGCGUGUCUUUGGAAGAAUGUGUAAAUCAAGUAACCCACGUGUUAGCGUGCAAGUUCAUUCCUGACAAUCAAGCUACAUGUGCGUGUGUCACUGUUUUACUUUCUUGCAAUGUGGAAAUUGAUCAGGCAGUUUGUAGCGGCAAGGCAUUAGCUGCACUCGAGUUGGCUAUUUAUGUCUUAACCUUUUUGACAUCGGAAACAUUGCAAAAGACCAGGGCUGUCCAGAGUAGGGGAGAGGGGGCUUCAACAAGGGGGGACAUUGCCCCUUGGUCUCCCACAAAAGAGACCCCCCUCAGGUAAGCAAAGAGCGCCUGGGUAUUUUUUUGUCGCGAAUGAAUUAACGGCGCACCCCCCCCCCCUCCCACAUGGACAUUCUACUCUGCGGCUCUCCAGCCAUCGGGGGCCUCCAUGAACUUCUCUGCACACAACACAGCCAGCCCUGGGUGGCGGGGAGAGCGGGGAAAGCGCCCCUCCUUGUUUCCAAUAAGCCUCAUUAAAUUGGCCUUGUUUUCUUUUAAUUUACGUUGUGUUUUCAAACUUAUAACCCGAUGCCUGCUUUAAAACGUUUACCCACGUCGUUUAUAUACCCCCAAACAACCUUAUCAUGUUCUUGGUUCUUUCGGUAAAGUCACGUAGAAGGUGAAGACGGCUGCUUGCGUUGUAGCCGAAACGUCGUGAGAAUUAUUUUAUUUUAUUAUGUUUUAUUUUUAUUAUUUUAUUACUUCCCUUCUACGUGACUUUACCGAAAGAACCAAGAAGAUGAAUCCCUGCAGUCACGAAAGCUUUAAAUCGAAACCUUAUCAUGACCACGUUUUAUUUGUCCCUUACCCGCUGCAACGACGGACGACAGCUGUGGUUAAAGAAACACUACUUGGGCAGUCGCAUGAGCAUUGAAAUACACGUUGUCUAUAUUGUAAAUUAUUAAUGUGAUUAAAAAAAAGUGUACAUUAUUUUUUGCAAGUUUUAAAGGCUCUGGGUUCUGAAUUAUCGGUGGUUAACGUUGAUGGGCAUUUAGAUUUUUCUUGUGUUUUCCUUUGAAUAGUUUUCUGAACUGUAGUGUACUUGCCUUUUUCCAACGGACCCGUUACUCUUGUUAGUGCUUUAGUGGAGUGAACUAUGACAUUGAGCUUGCUGGAUUGCUGCGUGCUGUAUUUGAUUAAGCAAACUUCUACCUGGAACUCUGUCAAGGGUGUGUUGUCGCUCUCUGUGUACUCGGUGUUUCUGGAUGUUGUGACAGGGUUGACAAAACUGAAGGAUGUGGUGUCAUCGUCACUUUGAGAUAUGCGCUGCUUUUAUUGAGGGUUAAAACCGCCCUGUUUUAGAGCGACCUAGUUUUUGGACGGUAAAACGAUCCUGUGUGUUUCUAGGUUGACGAAACGUUGCUGGCGCUAAUAAGAAAUCGCUCGUUUUUCUCGUAUCAUGAGCUCCCGACGAAAGCACUUAUUUUUCACGACGAUAUAUAAACGACAGAAUGUGUCACUAAAAGUGGAAUGUUGUUUAUGAUAGAGAAAUUAUUUUAGGAUUAAAGAGAUAUAUAUAUAUGCGUGUGACGUGGAUGCGUAUUAACACAAUACAAAUUGUCAUACAUUUUAUAUUUGUACAACGGAUGUCCCCUAUGCACAUACUUUAUUAUUUUUCUGCUGUACCGUAUACUUUACGGCAUUUUAAGAGUUCAACUUUACAGAGAUGGGAGAGAAAACAUAUUUUAUGAUAUGCUGGUGGGAAUCUAUGUCAGAGAUGUUGUGUUUGUUACAUUGUUUUUAAGAUAAAUUGGUUUUACGCAAACAACGGUGAAAAAAAGAUGUUCAGCAGAAGCUGAUGACGUGCUCUUUAAACUAACAACCUGAUACGUAUCAAUUUUGCACUACAUUAUUUCUGACAUAACUUUCAAAGUUAAUUACCAUGGUAACAACUAAAUAUGCAUUAUAGGAUGUCUCAGUGGAAAGAUAUAUAUAUAUAUAAACCUCUUGGUUGAAAAACAAUGAAUGUCGCAACAGCCAUAUAAAUAAUAUGAUUUGUUUAUUCGGUAAUUUUAAUCGGUCAUUUGCUCUUGAACGCGGUCCACCCAUCGAGUGCGCAUGCACUGAGCACGAGAGGCACAGAAAGCGAGCAGGAUUUGUUUUUACUCGUCACGCAUUGCGACUGAUGAUGACGACGGUGAUGGCUUUUUGCCGAUGGGUAUAUUUCUUAGGAGAUUUGACAUUUCUCUCCUUGAAUUGGGGUGCUUGCUUUCGUACAGCAACAACACAAAUAUGAACAGGAUCUUGCGUUCCAGAAAUGAGUAGAAUAGAAACAAAAAUGAUUUGCUCAUCUUGGCCUUGUUGCCUCUCUCCUCCUCCUCCUCCUUGUCCCCCCGACCUCUGCCCUUUCUGCAAGCAUCACCUCGCCACGCAUGGCACAGUCCUCCUCCUGCUGCUCCUCCUCAUCCCAGCUUGAUCUCUCUGUCGGGCUGCCAAGUUCUCAACAAACCACUCGGCGUGUUAAAUGGGCAUUUCGCACAAAUACACACAACGGGAAAACAGGUCGGGGCGAUUCGGAGAAAGGACCCCCCGGGGUAGGAGGAGCGUGUAGAUGCCUCCGUCGGGGCGGAACCGACGGAGACUCUAAGGGUCCCGUCGUCGAAUUGGGGUGAGAGGGGGGGGGGUAGAGAGUGUCGUUUUUUUCUCCGCGUCGUUUUGUGUCGCUUUUUGUUGUUGUUGCAAAACCUCGCUAGCUACGGCGGCGGCGUUACGUGCAAAGUAGCAUUCGUGCACGAGAUCGCACGCAUCGUUCAUCCUGCUGUAAUGUUAGAAGAAGAAGAAACCUAAGCCAUUUUAACAAAGAAUGUUUGUAAGCGUGUCCUUGCUUGUAUAUAUCACGCCGUUUAUAUUGCGAUGUCGUUCCGACGUAGAAUUUGUCUCUGGAGACGCAAUCUCAUGAUGGUUUUGACGAGGCACCAACACUUUGUCUGCGCACGUGGUCAUGCGUUGCACUUGAGAAUAAACAAACAGCUCUUAUAGAGAGGUGGGUUUGUUGCCGUUGUCUUGGUGCAAGGAGUGGUUGUUGGCGUUACCCGCACGCUGCAACAAGUGUGCUGUUGAAAACAGGGCGAUCCGUUUUUUGGGGAACCCCGCUGAUUUAUAAUGGCCCGAUUUCUUCUCAAGCGGUUCUUGAUUUGUGUGAAAACGCUGGCCUCUGUAUCUUACACAGGAGCGUAUUUCGUCCAUGGGCCGGAGCAGAAAUCGGUACCGCCUAAUUGGAGCAAAACGUCAGUCGUAUCCAUCUAUAUGGCCACCGCGGGUGUAUUAUUUGAUAACCUCAUGCAUUUCAAGUGGUUAUCACGUAAUUCACUGUUAUUGGCCACGCAAAGAAAUGUGGCCCAUGAAAGGUAUGCCACCUCAGGUGGUACAAACCAGUUCAAUAUCUGGGCUGGGUUCUCAUGGACUGGUUAAAACGAUUUAAUACGUGCCGAGCUAUCUGUGAGAUACAUGCAAAGGUUUGUAUAUUAUUAAAUGUUAUUUUCCCGCACAGUAAAAUGCGUUCUCCCUAUUAUUUUGUGACGGGGGCAGGGGGUAAUCCAUAAAUUGAUCACCCCGUCGAAUAAAUAAAAAAUCAUGAUCAUGCCCGGAAAUUCACCUUUGCAAAAACGGUACAAGCAACAAAAACAUUCGGUUCGUGAUUGGACGGAGUCAGAGGGCGGGAGACGUGAAACGGAGCGGACGAAGCCGCCAAUAAUCCUCAUCUGCGGUCAUCGUGUGCGCCGAUGCCUUCCGCAUUUGGCUACCGCGGUGUGGGGACGUCGUCUCGCCUUUUGAGAAGCAGCAAUUGUGGGCGUGGGGGGGGGGGAGAUAAAGGAGGCUCCGUAUGUAGGGAGCAAUGCAACCACUCAAGUCCGUGCGAAUCACGAGACACGCGUUCCCACAGGAACCAUGAAUUUUGUGAAAUCGGGUUACGGGACGGCGGGGACACAAAAAACAAUCGGGUUUUGUGCGUCGCAGUUUGUGUUCUGGAUUUCAACAAAACGCGUGAUCGCUCUGGCACAAACCUCUGCAACUGGGCGCUCGUGUUGUGCAUUCUCAAGCUGCGCCCGUAGCGUUGCGCGCGUCGACUGUGCUCUCGGUAACGGUGUAUUAUGAAUGUAUACGGUAUUACCAAAUGACUAGAGUGACUUCUGACCUGUACCGGAGGUGCAACCAGCAUUAAUACAGCAAACUUGUACCCUAUGUAAAAACAACCAAGAAAAAUCCAUAUAUAUUUCAUGACUAAAAGCUGUAUAUUUUAUGUGCCAACGUUAUGAAUUUAUACAUAGGAUGCUUGAAUGUUUCAUUGGCUCCUGUCGUAUUUAUACUGCUGUUAAAAUAUGACCCCCUUCCCCGCAACGACUCACAAAAACACAUCCUAGUGUCGUUCUCGACUGCAGGUCUUCGGAGAAAUGCCUUCGUUUUCUGUCGCGCGAUUAGCAACCAACACAGGCAUUGUUCACAAUUGUACUCUUAUGCAUUAUCACUCCGCGUGGUGGUGGGUCAACAGUGCCGCACAAGGCCGGCCCUCAGGCUUUUGACGUUAGGGUCAGGUACAAAAAAAAUGCCACGUCCCGUUUAGCACUGCGUAAACACUGCACUGGGCGCGUUCGUUAAAUGUUUUUGUUGGUUAAAAAUGUGAAUGUGUCUCCUCGCCGCGCCUCGACUGACAGGGUAACCAACAAGUGAUGGCUGAUGUCCAGUGAUAUGUGUACACGUGUGUGUGCGUGUGCCAUCGAAUUAUGUUGCUGCUGCUGCUGCUUUUGUAGCUACCGUCCACUGACUGAUCGGUGGACUCUUUUUCGAGGGUCAUUAAAGGCCCCUUUAAGGGUUGUGGGAUUGCGGUAACAGAUGUUGUUGCGCCGUGUCGUCGUGCUAUUGCCGGGGCUUGCUUAGAGCCUAGAGGAGCUGCUGCCAGUGCCGAGUUGGCUGGGUGCAAUGCGGGUGUCGUGGGUGUCAGUCUGGAUAAAUCGCCGAGCGAGAGAGCAGUGCUUUAUCACGUAUGCAUGUACCUAUGUUGAACUUCUUUCGCACCGUACGUAGCCAACCGUGAUACUCGGGAUGUUGUGGGGGAAGUACAAGAAACUCAACACACAAAGCAGUUUUAAAGAAAUGACACCUGCAACAGAUGCUGCUCUCCUCCUGCCCCCCCCCCCCCCCCAUGAUUGCACAUUGACUCUCAAGCGUGAUGGACAUUGAGAGGCAUGCACAACGUAUUUAUCUCGUGACGUCGCUGCAUUCGAGCCGUUCCACAAAUCCGUCGGCACUUAAAACAAAAACAGCAUUGCGAUUUCGUCGAUCCAAACAGAUUCCCUCUCCUGUGACCCCUCGCGUUUAGGUGUUGUCACUUUAUUUGUUUUUUAAAGAGCUGUGCGCCCGUUUGUGUUGAACACCUUGAAUUAAAGAGAGCAAACACAAUUUCAUAGUUUAACGAUGUGCACGAAAUACAUGUGCAAAAUAGAGAAUGGUCUUCAGGUGUUCUACACAAUCAGCCCCGCUGUUUUUUUGUAUCGUACGAUUGUUAAUGUAUGCAGCAACAUUGCUUCGUGAGCUUUACCCCCAUCAGCGUUUUGCCAUCACCUUGUAUCCUCGUAAAAAAGAAACUUGCUGUCGCUUUUUAUUUAAAAACAAAUAUAUAUGUGUCCAUCUCGCAGCCCUUUUGCAAAUACUGUAUAUACACAGACGCACAGCACAAGCUGUGCAUAUGCGUGCACACCACACACCUGUAAUCUUUACAAUAAAAAAAAGAAUUAAUCUUCUGAACGUUAAAACGGUAUAUUUGUUUAGCUGAGUGUGCAUACGAUUGUAAAAUGAAUGUGUCGUGAAAUACAGAGAACAUAAAAACGAAAA